UAAAGACUAGGCCCUAAUUUAAUAAUUUUGCCUGACGUCUAUCUCUGUUUAAUUCUUUUAAAAUGCGCAUUAUUACGCUUACGGCGUGUUUUACGUGUAUUUGUUUAACUUAUGUUGAGCCUCAGCUUGUCGUAAAUGCAAGAAAUAAGGGUGGGGAAACAAUAGUAGAGACAAUCGUUUCUAACACAACAGAUGACACAGUGAUCGUAGAAUUUCUGAGCUCUGAUGGCUCUUUUGUUACACAGUUUAUUGACUUUAAAUCUGAGGUUCAAAUUUUUAGAAUACUUGUGCUAGGUGAAGAAGAAUUAGGACAGACAACACCUCAGGUAUUUUGCUUCAUAACUCGUUUCAUGAGGAAUGACUUCAUCUCAUCUGAUGCGAUGUCUAAAUUAAGACAGAAAAAUCCAACAGCCAUCAGGACACCUGAAGAAGAAAAAGAAAUGAUAACUCACAACCUUGACCUCACAGUCAACCUGAACAAGGCAGAGGUCAUCAGCCCCUAUGUGUUCAACAUCUGCAGCGAGGCCAAGGAUCGGACUUUCACAGAAGAGGCGGACAUCAAAACCAUUUCAAAGUCCUUGGGAAAAGAUUACAUAACGUUGAUAUCAGCCACAUCAGAGCUGUCCCCUAGCAAGUACAGCCUGUGUCGUGACACAUCUGACCCGAGCAAACCUUGCACGUGCGAGCUGCGGACAUGCAUUGGCUGGUACCCCUGUGGAUUAAAAUACUGCCAUGGCACUGACCUAAGUGGGCGAGUGGUCAGCUACAGGUGUGGGAUCAAGACCUGCAAAAGAUGUCUGGCAUUUGUGUAUGUUGUGAAUUCCAAGUUAAAAUGCUUGUGGGAUAUGUAGUUGUUCAUCCCAGAUAUGAUGUUGAAGUUUAUAUGAUAGUCAGUUUCAAAAUGACUUCUUUGAAAAUGUAUCAGUGUUACCUGUAUAUUGUAAUACAAGCUGUGAAACAGAGAAAAUGUAUGUCCCCUUAUAGGAGGAGCUUGUAUUUUGGACAAUCUUUCAUAAGUCCACCACAACCAUAUGCCCGUAUACUAGUCAUACAUCCAAUAUGGAAAAGCAUUACAUGUUGGGAAAAAACACUGACACUACAAGGCAUAGUAUUUCUUAUUGUUUAUUACAAAUUAAUAAUUGUAUUAAGUUUGAACCAAAAAAAAAAGUAUAGUUAUUCUCUGCAGACUUGAAUGUCAAAAGGGCAGAUAGAGUUCAUUUUGAGGGAGUAGAAGUAAAAAUAACAUAACCUUCUCUAGAAAAGAGUAUUACUGUUAGUUCAUUUUAUUGGAACUCAUGUGUAUAUUUACCUGAUUAAUGUAAUGUUUAUUCACACAUUAAUAUCUCACCUUACUUUAUAAUCACUUUCAUCACGUCAUGACCAUUUAGUUUUUAGAAAUUUAAUUUGCAUGUAUCAUGCAAGAGUGACAUUUCAGCUUUUUAUUUUUAAUCAAAAUUGUGUUUAAAAAUACUUGAUCACUUUUUUAAAGCCCACAGUUAACACCUUUUUUACAAGUCAAAUUUGACUGGCCUUUUGCUAUGUUAAGAUAAUGGUUUUUGUAUUUUUCUAUAAACACUUUUCUUAAUGUUAUCAACUGAGGUUUACACACUGACAGAUCACUACAAUUGUAAGGUCAGAGAGUGAAUAAUAUCUACACAAGUCUUCACUCAGCUACUGUACACUACCAUAAAUAUAAUGUUAACUAUAAAUGUGACCCACCCUCCCCUGGACAAAAUGAGCUACUUAGCAUUCGAAGCUACUUGAAGAGAGUUAAAAUAUGGAGUAAUCAAUUUUGGAAAUGUAGCUGCUUCUAUUUAUUUAAAAUUAUGUGCACAGUCUUGUAGUGGACGUUCUUUAAAACAUAAUUUAGUUAAUAUUAUAUUCUUUUAUGAAAGAAGAAAAAUGUAUAUGAUAGUAUAAAUGUGCCAGAUAUUAAAGUAAACAUUUCUUUAGAACUGUCAGUACUAGUACUCAGGCCUGUUGGUCAGAUUUCUAUACAAAUCACCACUUAGCAUUAAAAAUGUUUUGAGACAGUAAAAUGGGAAACUCAAGAAAUCAACCACAACAAAGAAUUAAAGUAUUCUAUUGACACUGUUUUGAAUGGUAUUUUAGUGCAAGAGUAUGUGUGUUGUGGAAUGAUUGAUAUUAAAAAAAGAUCCUGAAUGUGACGGGCACGUAAGAAUGUGACAUGAGUAGGAUUUUGUGUUAGGAAAAAUAGUUUGAGAUUAGCCUCGUCCUGUCGUAUUAGGGUGUAGAAGUGUUCAUCUGUCAUCAUGAAUAUAGUCUUCUGUUUUAAAUGUGAAAGUGGUCAGUGAUUUAUAUUGGAUCGUCAUUGUCUUUGCACUUUGUCCUUCAAGCUUUGACCCUGUCCAAAUCUCGCAUCACAACAGACACAAUGAUUUAUUUAUGUAUUUUUGUAAGUCUGUGUAUGUAAUCUUACGGUAUGUAAUGUUUUUAAAUCUUACCUUUUUUUUACUCAUAAAAGAGCUGUAAAUAUAAAUGGAUAUUAAAAGUAAAUUAUUAUG